AUGCUUGCUUUUCUCUCUCUCCAACUACUACUGCUUUCUGCUGUUGGCUUCGGUCAAGACGAGGAGGAUGUGUGUAGUCUGCCGCUGGAGUCUGGGCCCUGUAUGGCCUAUUUUAAGGUUUGGGGCUUCAACUCCGCAACAGGUCAGUGCGAAAAUUUCGUCUAUGGUGGCUGCGGAGGCAACGGCAACCGUUUCGACGAGAAGGAGGAAUGCGAGCGCGUUUGUAUC